CGCCUGGGCGCCCUCCCGCUCCGGGAGCCCGGGUCCCCGGGGCGGUCGCGGCGGCUGCUUCCUCAGGCCAGGCCGCGGGGGGAGGGGGCGGCACGGGACUCCGAAAGCCGGGCCAUGGAGCCCAGAGAGUCGGGGAAGGUUAUGUACUUCGUGGAAUAUCUGGGCAUUGCUUAGAAGCAUGUGUCAUAAAUUGGCUUUGAGCUGGAAGAAAAAGUGGAGAGAAAGUGCUUGUAGAGACGGGUUUCACCAUGUUGGCUAGAAUGGUCUCGAUCUCUUGACCUCGUGAUCCGCCCGCCUUGGCCCCCCCAAAGUACUGGGAUUACAGGUGUGAGCCACCACACCCGGCUGAUAAUGAGGUUCUUUUGAUGCUGUAGUUUUUCCUGGGAAGACUAGGAAGGACUCUGAAUUUCAGAAGAGGUGAUUUCUCGCAUGAACGUCUCUUCCAUCCCCCCUCCACUCCACAAGCUACAGUGAUGCAUUUCCAGACACGGCACCUACAGGGUACACAGUCCAAGACCAUAAAUGCUCAACAGAACCCAAGCGAAGAUGGAGCUUGUGGCCCUUACCCUUUAGAGAUAUCCCCAGAUUGGUUUACAUUGAACCUGGAUUUGAAUAAAGAGGAGCAAAAUGUAGGGGGAAGAAGGCUUAUAAAAUACUGGGAUUGAUACUGGAAUUAGUGAUUUGAGGUUGAUUUCCAAGCUAUUCUGUUCCGUCGUGGGUUCUCCUAGCCUUUAAUGGGAGAAGAGAGAAAUACAGUCACGCGCUGCAUAACAAGGUCUCCAUCAGCACGGCUCUCAUGGACAAUCCCCCUGAGACUACAGUCAGGCUGAGAAAUUCCUGUCACCUGGUAACAUCUUCAUGAUCCCGACCCUGUGUAGGCUUAGGCUAAUGUGUGUGUUUCUGUCUUAGUUUUUAACAAAGCUUAAAAAGUAAAAAAUAAAAAAGAUUUAAAAAACAAAACCCCAUGUCAUUAGAAUAUCAAGGAAAGUACUUUUUGUUGGCAGAAUGGUUUGUUAGAAAAUAAAUAAAAAUACAAAAAUAUUCAAGGAAAAAUAUUUUUGUACAGAUGUACAAAGUGUGUUAAGCUAAGUGUUAUUACAAAAGUCAGAAGCUUGAAAAAUUGAGUUUAUAAAGUAAAUUACAGUAAGCUAGUUAAUUUAUUAUUGAAGAAAGAAAAAUGUUUAAUAAAUUCGGCAUAGCCUCAGUGUGCAGUGUUUAUAAAGUCUACAGAAGUAUUCAGUCAUGUCCUACGCCUUCACAUUCUCUCACCACUCACUCACAUUCUCUCACCACCCACCCACUUGCCCACUCACUGAUUCACUCACCCCCUCAGAGCUGUUUUGUGGUCUUUAGUAACUAAAAGCCAUCUUGAGCCAUUGGAUUGAUAUCCCACAUUGAGUGUAGGAUAUCUUGCCUGUUAUUGACAGAAUAAUGGAUAACGGUCAGACUUUUCCCCAUCAUGUUCUGUCCCAUGAUCCUGUUUUAUUUUCUUCCCGACACUUAUCGCUAAAAAUUCUCAGGUUGAUUUAUUUAUUUACAUAUUUGUUGACUUUACUAUUAUACCCCCAGUUAAACAGUGGAGCAGUUCCUGGUACUUAAUAGGUUCUCAGGAAGGAAUGCUUAUAAAAGAGCAUCAUUCCUGGAGCCUUUUGCUGCAAGGCGUGGGUGUUCUAAGGAACACUGUAGCCCGACACCUCCCUCGCCUCCUAGGAGACUGUGCUGUUGAUGCCCCCAGAGGGAAGUUUCUGUGUGUACUUGUUUCUGUAUGUAUUCAUUGCCUCAACGUUUCUGGUUCCUGGCCCUCUGUGUUUUUCCUGUACAAGUGACUGAUACUCCUUUUUCACUUUCCUCUGAACAUGGUUCUGUUAUUGCACUUACAUCUUAGUUGUGUGUCACCUCCUGAUAGAUUUUAAUCUUGUAUCUUUGAAUCACCAUGCACCACGCACAAAUACUUAAGUAAUAAAUGUGUUUUGAAUGAAAAAAUGAAUUAAGUGCCCAUAAAAUACUUUCCAUAUAACAUGGUGGUGGAGAGAAGGGUGGUGUUGAUGAAGGAGGUUGUAAAAUCAACCAACCAGCAUAGGCUGCCUGAAGCCUGGACUCUAAGAGGGAUAUAAAGCCUUCCUAGCUCAGGAGAAGGAUAAACGCUUGGACCAGAUGGUUAGGAAGUCUUGCCGGAAAGAGAAUGUGAAUUGCGACUUUAUGGGUGGGUGGAUCCUAAGUUGGUGGGAGGAAGUGGGCAGUCAGUCAGGAUCUAAAGAUUGGGAGUGUAGAGAGAGGAAAGGUGGGAUAGGUUGGGUGAUUGCAGUGAUAACGAACCUGGCUGGAGGAGACAUUCCAAGCGAGGCGAUGCGUAGAGCUGAAGUUAGAAAGUGGGUCAGAUUCAGACUGAGGGGACUUUGGUGCUAGACUGGGAAGUCAGACAGCUUUACCCUGUAGAGAGUGGGAACCGCUAAAAUAGAACAUCGGGAGAUAUUCUUUACACAUAGAUGAGGAAUUCCUCUUAUUCUUGCAGAUUUGUGUUUUCAUAUUGCAGUCACCUGGAAUCAGAAGGCUCUUGCCAUAAUACUGCUUAACAGAAGUACCAGGUGUUAGGGUUAGCACUCUUGCUGGGAAGGCACUUUAUCAUGGUCUUCUGUGCUCCUCAGGUGGAGUGUGGGUGGAAAGUCUCAGAAGUGCAGAAGCAGGAGAUUGAAGCCUAGGCCAGUUCCUGCUUAGCAAAUAGAGUAUAGAAAGAAGAAUAUAGUUAGGAAUAAGUAGCGUGAGUAAUUAGAUAUUAGUCUUAUUGAAUAUUAAGCCUUGAUUAAAGCCGCCUUAUACUUUAUGCAUGACGAUCGAGGAACUUCGGGUUGCUGUGACCAGGGACUGCUAGGGGACACUAUGGAAUGCGUAGGGAAUACCCUCUAGACCCAGCAGAGCUGGACCCUGCAGUGGAGCUAAUGUGGUGGGACCCUUGGCCUUUAUUAUGCACACCUGUGCACGCCCAGGAAGGAUGGGCAUGAAUAGGGAGCCUGGCUGUCCUUCAUCACAAGUGUUUUCACCUGUCCCAGUCUAGCCAGGUUGCCUUCCAGUCCUGGGAUACAGCAGUUACCCCGAAUCUGCCUUCAGCUUAAUCUUGGGGUUCUCUUUGAUGCUUCCCCACAUUGGCUGUCCCUAGACUAUAUCUCAUGGAGACUCCUUUCCUGCUUGACCCCUUUCUUUUAGGGGAGGCUGUCUUCCAAUAGCCUUUUGGAAAUACUUCAUUUUGUUUUGGAAGACACUCCAGAGCAAAUAGUUAUUUAAACACACGUAUUUGGCAGUACAAUUCCAUUUUUGUUUUUAAAGCUGUUCAUACAUAUUCAUAGACUAAAGACUGGGAGGUUAUAUACCAAAUGUUAACAGGUUCUCAGGAAAGAACGGUAAUGAAAAGCAGUUCUUUUUCAAUAAAGGGAAUGUGGGUGAUCUGAAUACAUUUUUUUUCUGCUUAUUUCUAUUGCCCAAAUUUUCUGCAGUCAACGAGAGAAAAAUCCACUGUAAUAGUGACCAGUGAGAAUGGUUUAUAUCAUUUUCCUCAAGAAAUGUCUACUAUUGAGGUUAAAAUAGACAUUUCACCUAUUUUAAAUGGCAUGCUGCUAUUUCCCAACAUUAUAUUUCUUUGGAGUGAGAAAUUUGUUUUUUGUUGAUAAUUUUAUUGAUUUAUUUUUUAUUUCUUUAGGUGAUUUUUCAUGGUACAAAACUUAAAAGGAUAAACAUUUCUCCUUUUUCUGAUUAUUUCUUUUUUUUUGAGACAGUUUUGCUCUUGUUGCCCAGGCUGAAGUGCAAUGGUGAGAUUUCAGCUCACCUCAACCCCCACCUCUCGGGUUCAAGCGAUUCUCCUGCCUCAGCCUCCUAAGUAGCUGGGAUUACAGGCAUGUGCCACCAAGCCUGGCUAAUUUUGUAUUUUUAGUAAAGACAGGGUUUCACCACAUUGGUCAGGCUGGUCUCGAACUCCUGACCUCAGGUGAUUCACCCUCCUGGGCCUCCAAAAGUGUUGGGAUUACAGGCGUGAGCCACAGGGCCCACCCUGAUGAUUUCUUUUAUAACAUUUUUUUUCGUGGCUGCAGGAUCUUUCCUCUUUAAUGGUAUAGCUUGAUGUUAGUUUUUAAGUUUUUUCUCCAUGCCUCCCCACCAUUUCCUUGUCAACCCCCACUUCCCCCGACACCUCCCAUCUGUUUUGGUCUCUAUAGUCCCUGUCAGAUCCUUUCCCCAAGCAUCUGGUAGUCCAGUCUGCUAACAUUUAGCAAAGACGGAAAAUCUAACAGCUCUGUGCUCAUGGGGGCGGGGCUUAUCAGCUGGAGCCUCGUGUAAAGGAACCUGGGGAGGCAUUUGUUGGGGCACAGCCCUCCCCUAGUUCUUGUUUUGUUGGGGUGCCUGCCUGCCCUCCUGUUAGAGUGUUCCCUUGCUGGAAGAUGCCGAGCCUUGGAGGAUGCAGGGUAUACCUUGGGCGGUUUUCCACUUGGCCCUCUGCCAGGCGAGGAUUUGGUUUUCUUGGAUCUGCUGAGUGACUGCUUUUUCUUCUGCUUCUUGGUUUUCAAGAUCGUAUUACUGUUGGCUCUUUGUUGUGCCUCCUGUUAUAAUGUGGGCUUUGUUUUGGGAAGGGGGUCUUUUAAGUUCACGGGGAAUAAACAAAAUUGAAUGGGCUUGUUCAAUCUGGAACUCCUCCAAACACGUUCUGAACUCUCCAGCCCCACGGAGCUCCUUUACAAGCCGCGAGGGCUGUAGAUCUCAGCCCCAAAGUGUUGCCUGUUUUCAUCAUCGACUUCAUUCACAGACGUAGUUCUAAAUGACUUUCAGCUGUUUCCAGAAAUCAGCCACAUCUUCCUAAGUGAAGAUUUACCAUGUUUAAAGUUCCAUGAAAGAAUAUGCCGUGAACUGUUACCCAGCCCCUGGCUGAGAAGUAACGGGUGUGUGAGAGGCAGAUGAACAGCAUGAGGGGAGAGGACAGAGAGGCUCCUAGGCCAGCUUCCUUCAUGGGUCGCUUUCGUUUCCGUGCAUGGCACUUCCCAGAAGAAACGAGUCUUGUUCGCACUGUGAAGUGUACCCAGGUGGUGAGAGGUGUGGUGCGGGCCAUGCACAUGAAUUGACGACACCCCGCUCCAUGCAGGGGAGCCCUCAGGCUCCUGUGACGUUUGACGACAUCACUGUGUACUUACUCCAGGAGGAAUGGGUGCUGCUGAGCCAGCAGCAGAAGGAGCUCUGUGGUUCCGACAAGCUGGUGCCACCACUGGGACCAACUGUUGCCAACCCUGAGCUGUUCCGUAAGUUCAGGCGAGGGCCAGAGCCAUGGCUUGGCAGCGUCCAGGGCCAGAGGAGUCUUCUGGAGCAUCACCCAGGAAAAAAACAGCUGGGCUACAUGGAAGAAAUGGACGUGCAAGGUCCCACCAAGGAGAGUGGACAGUGCCUGCCACCUCAGAAGAAAGCCUGCCUUUCCCGCCUCAGUACGGAGAGUGGGCACAUCGAGGGAGACUGGGCAGGAAGAAGCAGGAGACUCCUGAAGCCCCGGUCCAUACAGAAGUCAUGGUUUACGCAGUUUCCGUGGCUGAUUGCGAAUGAGGAGCAGACGGCUCUGUUCUGCUCUGCAUGCCGAAAAUACCCCUCCAUCAGGGACAAGCGGUCAAGACUGAUAGAAGGUUAUACAGGACCAUUCAAGGUGGAGACUCUCAAGUACCAUGCCAAGAGCAAGGCCCAUGUGUUCUGCAUCAAUGCCUUGGCAGCAAGGGACCCUGUCUGGGCAACCCGGUUCCGGAGCAUCAGAGACCCACCUGGAGAUGUCCUGGCCAGCCCGGAGCAGCUCUUCACUGCAGAUUACCCCAUGUUCUACCCACCAGGGCCUCUGGGAGGCUUUGAUAGCAUGGCUGAGCUCCUGCCAAGCUCAAGAGCUGAACUAGAGGACCCUGGGGGGAGUGGAGCAAUUCCUGCAAUGUAUCUAGACUGCAUUUCAGAUUUGAGGCAAAAAGAAACCACUGAUGGCAUCCACAGCUCCUCAGACAUUAGUAUUUUAUGUAAUGAUGCAGUAGAAUCCUGCAUUCAGGACCCUUCUGCAGAGCGGCUGAUGGAGGAGGUUCCUGUGGUGUUUGAGGAGCUGCCAGUGGUGUUCGAGGAUGUGGCGGUGUAUUUCACUCGGGAGGAGUGGGGCAUGCUAGACAAGCGGCAGAAGGAGCUGUACAGGGACGUGAUGCGGAUGAACUACGAGCUGUUGGCAUCCCUGGGACCUGCUGCUGCCAAGCCGGACUUGAUCUCCAAACUGGAGCGGAGGGCUGCACCCUGGAUCAAGGACCCAAAUGGGCCAAAAUGGGGGAAAGGUCGUCCUCCAGGGAACAAGAAGAUGGUGGCAGUGACAGAGGUGGACACACAGGCCUUGGCUGCAGACUCCGCGCUGCUUCCAGCCUCUCCCGUGGAGGCCCGUGCCUCCUGCUGCAGUGCCGGCUUUUGUGAAGGAGAAGGAGAUGGACCCAGGAGAAUCAAGAGGACGUACAGGCCCCGCUCCAUUCAGAGGGCAUGGUUUGGGCAGUUCCCAUGGUUGGUGGUUGACCCCAAAGAGACCAAGCUUUUCUGCUCAGCCUGCAAAGAAAGACCUAAUCUCCACGACAAAUCAUCUCGGUUAGUCAGAGGUUACACCGGGCCUUUCAAAGUGGAGACUUUAAAAUACCAUGAAGUCAGCAAAGCACACAGGCUCUGUGUCAACACGGUUGAAAUCAAGGAAGAUGCCCCUCAGACUGCCCUCAUUCCGGAGCUCUCCAGUGACCUCAUGGCCAACAUGGAGCACUUUUUCAAUGCUGCCUACUCUAUCGCAUACCACUCAAGGCCCCUGAAUGACUUUGAGAAGAUCCUAAAGCUCCUCCAGAGCACUGGGACCAUGAUACUGGGCAAGUACCGCAAUCGCACAGCGUGCACUCAGUUCAUCAAGUACAUCUCCGAGACGCUGAAGAGGGAGAUCCUGGAGGAUGUGCGCAAGUCUCCCUGCGUGAGUGUGCUGCUGGACUGCUCCACCGACGCCUCUGAGCAGGCCUGCGUGGGGAUUUAUAUCCGCUACUUUAAGCAGAUGGAGGUGAAGGAGUCCUACAUCACUCUGGCCCCUCUCUACAGUGAGACAGCAGAUGGGUACUUCGAGACCAUCGUUUCUGCGCUGGAUGAGCUGGACAUCCCCUUCCGGAAGCCUGGCUGGGUGGUGGGGCUGGGAACGGAUGGCUCAGCCAUGUUAAGCUGCAGAGGAGGCCUUGUGGAGAAGUUCCAGGAGGUCAUCCCACAACUGUUGCCUGUCCACUGCGUGGCCCACCGGCUGCACCUGGCCGUGGUGGACGCCUGUGGGAGCAUCGAUCUGGUGAGGAAGUGCGACCGGCACAUCCGCACAGUCUUCAAGUUUUAUCAGUCCUCAAACAAGAGGCUGAACGAGCUACAGGAAGGUGCAGCAGCUCUGGAGCAGGAGAUCCUCCGCCUGAAGGACCUGAACGCCGUGCGGUGGGUGGCCAGCAGGAGACGCACGCUGCACGCCCUGCUCGCGAGCUGGCCCGCGCUGGCCAGGCACCUCCAGAGCGUGGCGGAGGCUGGGGGCCAGAUUGGGCACCGGGCCAAGGGGAUGCUGAAGCUCAUGCGUGGUUUCCACUUCAUCAAGUUCUGCCACUUCCUGUUGGACUUCCUGAGCAUCUACAGGCCUCUGUCUGAGGUGUGCCAGAGGGAGAUUGUGCUGAUUACAGAGGUGAACGCCACGCUGGGCCAGGCCUACAUGGCCCUGGAGAGCCUCCGUCACCAGGCAGGGCCCAAAGAGGAAGAAUUCAACACCAGCUUCAAGGAUGGGCGGCUCCACGGCAUCUGCUUGGACAGACUGGAGGUAGCGGAACAGCGGUUCCAGGUAGAUAGGGAGAGGACGGUCCUGACGGGGAUCGAGUACCUUCAGCAGAGGUUCAGUGCAGAUCGACCGCCACAGCUCAAGAACAUGGAGGUGUUUGAUACCAUGGCCUGGCCGAGUGGGAUCGAACUUGCCAGUUUUGGGAAUGAUGACAUUCUCACCCUGGCCAGGUAUUUCGAGCGCUCCCUCCCAGCGGGAUACAGUGAGGAGGCUCUGCUGGAGGAGUGGCUGGGCCUGAAAACCAUCACCCAGCACCUCCCAUUCUCCAUGCUCUGCAAAAAUACCCUGACCCAGCACUACCGCUUCCCCCUGCUGAGCAAGCUCAUGGCUGUGGUGGUCUGUGUGCCUGUCUCCACCUCCUGCUGUGAGCGGGGGUUCAAGGCCAUGAACCGGAUCAGGACUGAUGAGAGGACCAAGCUCUCCAACGAGGUGCUCAACAUGCUCAUGAUGACAGCUGUGAACGGUGUGGCCGUCACGGAGUACAACCCCCAGCCCGCCAUCCAGCACUGGUACCUGACCUCCUCAGGCCGGCGUUUCAGCCACGUCUAUGCCUGCACCCAGGUGCCAGCCCACUCCAAUGCAAGCGCCAGGCUCAGGAAGGGGGAGAUGGGAGCCCUGUAUGUGGAGGGGUCCGGGACCCAGAAGCCACCCACCCUGCCUUCCAGGGAAGCAGUGGAGGUACUGAAGGACUGCAUCACGGCGCCUCCCGAGAGCCUCCUGUACCCCCACAGCAACCAUAAGGCCCCUGGCAUGUCCUGAGGGACAGAGAGUCCUUGGUCACUGGGACAGUUCUGCAGGGUCUAGACUGCCCUCGGCUCUCCCACCAGUAGGGAUGCUCUCUGAGCAGUAGGAAGUGGGCAGUGGCGUCUGGAGUGGCGGGGACAUUAGGAGGUGCAUGGCCUGUUUCCUGAGGCCCCGCUCAGCACAGCCAUGCCUCACGCAAGUGUGCCAGAAGGUUCUUAUCACAAGUUCGUUUUUAAGGUGCUCCAGAAAAUAACCCAAAAUAACCCCAUCAUGAGAGGUUUCAACCCCUGUGGGGUGGCAAGAGGACUGCUGUGCUGGGGAGACUACUGGACAUCCCUGGGGAGUAUUCCAGGGAGGCUGCCCACAGCCUAAGUGAGAGGAGGGAAAGGCCAGUUUGUUUGAGGUGGAGGCUGACCCUGCUCUAGAGACAGCUGGCCCAGCUGCAAGCACCCCCAGAGGCUUAGUUCUGCGACUUCCCACCCUGGCUCCCACAGCAGAAGCAGUGAGGCCUCCAUCUGGUGGGGAACUCUACCUCUUUCCAGGGCUUCCUUUAGGUUGAAACAAUCACAAACCCUUUGCACACAACACCCAAGAAAGGUUCUCUUCCUGCAGCUCCAGAUGGUGGAGCGGGGGCUCUCCAGGCAGGGAGCCCGGCACUUCCCAUAUUGCUGAGCCCCGUCUGACCCGAAUCGUGCCUGGCCGGGUUUCCUCAUGAGAGGAUGGGUCCAAGUUGGAGCUGGGAUGCUUGGGAUGCAGCCCCAGCUCUGCUGCAGGCAGUGGUCUGAUUAAUCCCUUCCUCUUUUCUGUGCCUCAGUUUCCUUCCCCAUGAAGUGGCAGCAGAGAAUCCAAGUGCCUGCUGACUCCCCAUCUGCCCUAGGAUUAGUGAGCGAGAUCCUCGAGCUCCCUGAAAGACCUCUGGCUGCAGUGUGGACUUAGCUGCCUUCCACCCCACCCUUGUCCUUAGUGGGACAGGUAGGAAUUUGUCUCCAAAGACCUUGUAGGAGUUGCUCUCUGAAUAUACUGUCUGCACAACAGGCUAGUCCAUUCUUCUCCAAGUUGCCCUGGGGACUCUGCACCAGGAUCACCAGGGCCCACUGAGGCAUCCCCAGAUGGGAGUUCAGGGACAGGGUCUUUGAACAAGCUCCUCUGGGGUCUGUGGGCCUGCUCCAGCUUCAGAACCGCAGAACUACUGCCCUAGAGGGACAGAGGGGCUCCUGGCACUGUGAGGUUCACACCCUCCUCACCUUGUUUUAAACAGCCAGGAAGUAGGCGCCAUCCAUCCCAGCUUGCUGCCUGGCUCAGGCAGGUCCUGUGCCCUGCUGCAGGCCCCUGUGGGUGGGGCCUUCUCCAUAGUCUGCUGCUUCCCAUUUCCAGGGUAGAUGCUGGUGUCCGAGUACCCAUUCCCAGGGUUGAUGCUGGCAUCUAAGUACCUGAGUACCUUUUCCAUUCCUAGGGCUGGUGCUGGCAUCCAAGUACCCAAGUACUCUUCCCAUUCCCAGGGUAGAUGCUGGCGUCCAAGUACCCGAGUACCCUUCCCAUUCCCAGGGCCAGUGCUGGCAUCCAAGUACCUGAGUACCCUUCCCAUUCCCAGGGCCAGUGCUGGCAUCCAAGUACCCGAGUACCCUUCCCAUUCCCAGGGCCAGUGCUGGCAUCCAAGUACCCGAGUACCCUUCCCAUUCCCAGGGCCAGUGCUGGCAUCUAAGUACCCGAGUACCCUUCCCAUUCCCAGGGUAGAUGCUGGCAUCCAAGUACCCGAGUACCCUUCCCAUUCCCAGGGUAGCUGCUGGCAUCUAAGUACCCAAGUACUCUUCCCAUUCCCAGGGUAGAUGCUGGCGUCCAAGUACCCGAGUACCCUGCCCAUUCCCAGGGUAGAUGCUGGCAUCUAAGUACCCAAGUACUCUUCCCAUUCCCAGGGUAGAUGCUGGCGUCCAAGUACCCGAGUACCCUUCCCAUUCCCAGGGCCAGUGCUGGCAUCUAAGUACCUGAGUACCCUUCCCAUUCCCAGGGCCAGUGCUGGCAUCUAAGUACCCAAGUACCCUUCCCAUUCCCAGGGCCAGUGCUGGCAUCUAAGUACCCAAGUACCCUUCCCAUUCCCAGGGUAGAUGCUGGCAUCUAAGUACCCAAGUACUCUUCCCAUUCCGAGGGUAGAUGCUGGCGUCCAAGUACCCGAGUACCCUUCCCAUUCCCAGGGUAGAUGCUGGCAUCUAAGUACCCAAGUACCCUUCCCAUUCCCAGGGCCAGUGCUGGCAUCUAAGUACCCGAGUACCCUUCCCAUUCCCAGGGCCAGUGCUGGCAUCCAAGCACCUCCCCUGUGCCGCGGGCACCCCCUAGUACCCAACAUGCCCUUCCAUCCCCGUCCCAGCACUGAGCCCUAGCACUGUUGCUUUCCUGUCGUUUUUGGCUCUAGUCAGUAAUUCCUUUCUUGCUUUCUGCCUUUGACCUGUGGCAAUGUCUCCCAGCCCUUUGGGUCUGGCGGUAAGAGGGAUCCCACAGGCCUGUGGUGCAGGAGCUCUGGGUGGUGUUAGUGUGUGUGUGGCCGAGGCGUCCACGUCUUCCUCUCCCCAUCACCGUCUCCAUGGGAGUUCAGGAGCUUGCCCAGGUCAGGCACUGUGGAUGUGAAUUCGUGGAAGGGGAAGGAGAAAGGCUUUUUUAUUCCACACCAAGGUGCUAUUCCAACACACAUGCUUCCUGCGGCCUCUUCAUCCUUGAAGAAUCCCCCAGAGCACGAGGCCAUCCUGUGAGCAGCCGUGGGUGGGUCUCUGUGGGAGCAGUUCUGGAGCCGAGGUGGAAGCCGGGGGACCACUGCCCUCUCCACGUCAGCAUCCACGUGCUCCGAGGACACCGUCCAAUGCCUGCCUUAGGUGGUGGGAAAGUGGGUCCCCUUAUAGCGGGGCCACUGAGAAUGCUGUUUGUCAUAGAAUUUGCACUGCCCAAUUUCUCGAGGAGGCGUGGGCCUGCCUCAUUCCCCUUUGUCAGCUAAUGGCAAAGAAGGAAGAAAGUGACUGCCGUCUCAUUCCUGAACUUCCCCAUUCAGGACCCCCAUGGAAACACAGUGAGCAUCCUUACCGGACGCCCCUGGCCCGGGCCGGCCCCUUUGCAUGGUUUGGAGGCUGCCUGGAGACCUCCUUGUUGGAGAGGCUUCCUGCUUAUGUCUCACAAGGGCUCUAGGGGUAGAGGGAGCACACACUCUGGCAUUGGCUAGAGUCACAGCGCUGUCACCACCCUCCUCCUUCCCUGUGGUCUUGACAGCAUCCUUAUGUACAUGUCCUGGCAUUUCCCCUCCUUCUCUCUGAUGACUGGUGCCCGCUAGGUCUGACACUCCAAGUUACCAGCAUGUAACUGGUAGUUUGAUCCCGAUAGCCAUAGCGACUCCAGGUGGGAGUGAGGGAGCCCCCUAUCCUGGAAGAUACCUUAGAGUGUGUGACCUCGCUCCAGACCUUUGCUUCUCUCUCCUGCAGAGGGUGAGUUUCUAGGGUGCUAAGUACCUAUCAGGAUAGCGUGGAGGGGCAGCUCCUCAUGCAGUUGUCUGCUUAGCCAGGUGCACUAAGUGUGACUGGCCCGGGGAUGUUCUCUCCUACGUUUUCAAAGAUGAAAGGGGGUUUUAAAAACCAUGUGUGAUUCCUAACGUUUCGCUACCUGAAUAAAGCAGAGUCUAUUUCAACACA